GUCAGGCGCCACCGAUCCGUUAAAUUUGCGUUAUGUUGUUUUUGAGUGUGAACGGUGUGAAGUUGAUACAAGUGGUGCAAAUCAUACCUCUUCCAUCUCUGUAUUUAUCAGCAAAAUCACCAACAAAUUUGCCCAAUGAAAGAGAGCGAUAAUGGCUGAUGAACAAGAGAUCCGCCAACUGGAACUGUUGUGCAAGCAGCUCUAUGAGUCCCAGGACACUGCGAUUAGGGCUGACGCAGAGAAGGCCCUAGUGGUGUUCCAGGAUGGGCCCGAUGCUCUCACCAAGUGCCAGGUCUUGUUGGACAGAGGGGACUCGUGCUAUGCCCAGCUACUGGCAGCCACUACUUUGACCAAGUUGGUGUCGAGGAGUGCGCAAGGUUUGAGCUUGCAGCAGAGAGUGGAUAUUAGGAAUUAUGUGUUGAAUUAUUUGGCAACGAGGCCAAAGCUACCUAACUUUGUGGUGCAGGCACUGGUCACUCUUUUUGCGAGGAUUACUAAGCUGGGAUGGUUCGACACACACAAGGAGGAUUUCGUGUUUAGGAAUGUCGUCAGUGAUAUUAGCAAGUUCUUACAGGGUUCCGUGGAACACUGCAUGAUCGGGGUGCAGCUACUCUCCCAAUUAACCUGUGAAAUGAAUCAAAUCUCCGAAGUGGAAGCGAACCGUUCCCUGACAAAACACCGCAAGAUCGCGUCAUCGUUCCGCGACACUCAGCUCUUCGAGAUAUUUCGUCUUUCGUGUACUCUCCUCGGUACGGCCAUAGAGAACUGUAAAAAUCUCAACUUCAACGACGAAAGCCAGCACGGACUAAUGACGCAGCUGCUGCGGUUAGCCCAAAACUGUCUCACUUUCGAUUUCAUCGGAACUUCGACGGACGAAAGUUCGGACGACUUAUGCACCGUACAAAUACCGACCAGUUGGCGGCCGGCGUUUUUGGAUUUUACCACCUUGAAGUUGUUUUUUGACUUGUAUCAUUCCUUACCUAACACGCUGUCGUCGUUAGCGCUAUCGUGUCUCGUGCAGAUCGCUUCGGUCAGACGCUCUCUGUUCAGUAACACGGAGAGAGCGAAGUUUCUGACGCACCUGGUUAAUGGGGUUAAGCAUAUUCUUCAAAAUCCACAAGGGCUGAGUGACUCGGCGAAUUAUCACGAGUUCUGUCGGCUUCUGGCGAGGCUGAAGUCCAAUUAUCAGCUGGGAGAGCUGGUUAUGGUGGAUAAUUAUCCGGAAGCUAUACAGCUAAUUGCGAAGUUUACUGUCCAGAGUUUACAAAUGUGGCAGUUCGCUCCAAAUAGCGUCCAUUACUUGCUGAGUCUGUGGCAAAGGAUGGUAGCCUCCGUUCCGUACGUCAAAGCUACAGAACCCCAUUUACUAGAAACUUACACGCCGGAAGUAACGAACGCGUACAUUACUUCUCGAUUGGAGUCUGUUGCCGUGGUGGUACAAGAAAACCUCGAAGAUCCUCUCGAAGAUUUAGGGAUGGUGCAGCAACAACUCGAGCAACUGUCUGUGAUUGGUAGAUGCGAAUACCAAAAAACUUGCACGUUGUUAGUACAAUUGUUCGAUCAGGCCGCUAGAAAUUACCAAGAGCUGAUGGCAAUUCCCAGGUCGAGCGGAGUCGUCAGUCCAACGCAGCACGUCGAGAUAACCGUACAAGAAGGUAGGUUAACGUGGUUGGUUUACAUCAUCGGCUCGGCGAUAGGAGGCCGCGUUUCCUUCAACAGCAACGAAGAACAUGACACCAUGGACGGGGAAUUAGUGUGUAGGGUGUUGCAGUUGAUGAACUUGACCGAUUCUAGGUUAGCACAGGGCGGAUGCGAGAAGCUGGAGUUGGCCAUGCUGAGUUUCUUCGAACAGUUUAGGAAAAUUUACGUCGGUGAUCAAGUGCAAAAAAAUUCGAAAGUUUAUAGAAGACUGUCGGAAGUGUUAGGACUGAAUGACGAAGCGACCGUUCUGAGUGUUUUUAUUAGGAAAAUAAUAACAAAUCUAAAGUAUUGGGGUCGCAGCGAACAAAUAAUCAGCAAGACGUUGCAACUUCUCAACGAUCUCUCGGUUGGUUACAGCUGCGUAAGAAAGCUAGUCAAACUCGAAGAAGUUCAAUUUAUGUUAAAUAAUCACACUAGUGAACAUUUCCCGUUUUUGGGAAAUUCCGUUGUGGUCACGGAAAUGAGGUGUAGAUCUAUGUUUUAUACUUCGCUGGGACGGUUGCUUAUGGUGGAUUUGGGAGAAGAUGAAGAUCGAUUUCACACCUUCAUGCUGCCUCUCACCGCAUCAUUUGAAAAUAUUGGUUCCAUGUUGACUUCGGCCGACGGGCCGAUGUUCACCCAAGAGGACGCAAAGAAGGCUUUGAUUGGCCUGGCUAGGGAUCUUAGAGGGUUGGCGUUUUCUUUUAAUACAAAGACGUCGUAUAUGAUGCUUUUUGACUGGAUAUAUCCAAGUUAUACUCCAGUUUUACUGAGGGCGAUAGAAUUGUGGUACCACGAUCCUCAGGUGACUACUCCUGUAUUAAAGCUUUUUGCCGAAUUAGUUCAAAAUCGAUCACAAAGGCUCCACUUCGAUGUAUCGUCACCAAAUGGAAUCUUAUUGUUUAGGGAAGCCAGUAAAAUUAUUUGUAGUUACGGUAGUAGGAUAUUAAACGUAGAAGUACCAAAAGAUCAAACGUAUCCAUUAAAACUGAAAGGGAUAUCAAUAUGCUUUUCUAUGCUCAAGGCGGCUUUGUGUGGUAGUUACGUAAACUUUGGUGUGUUUCGACUAUACGGUGACGAAACUUUGGACAAUGCUCUUAACACUUUCGUAAAAUUGUUACUGUCGAUACCACAGUCGGAUCUACUGGACUACCCAAAGUUGUCGCAGACUUACUACGUACUGCUGGAGUGCCUGGCACAGGAUCACAUGAGUUUCUUAUCGACACUGGGGCCGCAAGUAUUUUUAUACAUCCUCUCCUCGAUAUCCGAGGGUCUAACUGCCUUAGGUGGGCAACUGAAUCACUAUACAGAUACAAUGGUGUGUACCGGCUGCUGUGCUACGCUGGAUCACAUAGUAACCUACCUGUUUAAACAGCUGACGCAGAAAGUUUACCCGGGUAAGAAACAGAGAGUGGGUAUGGCGCCCAACAGUGAUAUGUUCCUAAAAGUACUCGAAAUGCACCCGGAAAUUCUUCAGCAGAUUUUGAGCACUGUAUUGAAUGUGAUCAUGUUUGAGGACUGUCGAAACCAGUGGUCGAUGUCGCGACCGCUUCUAGGACUUAUCCUUCUAAACGAAGAAUAUUUUAAUCAAAUGCGGGAGAAUAUAAUCAGGAGUCAGCCGCCUGACAAGCAGGCGGCUAUGGCUCAGUGGUUCGAAAACCUGAUGGACGGAAUAGAAAGAAAUUUGUUAACGAAAAAUAGGGAUAAGUUUACGCAGAAUUUGUCAUUGUUUCGGCGAGAUAUUAAUGACUCUUUAAAAGGGCCCAAUGUAAAUACGUCGUCUGCUAGUGAUAUGAUGACAUCAUAGUGAAUGUGAAAGAUGCAACUGUCAGAUCAACAGUGUGCUGUUUUUAUGUACUGUGAAAAAUACUAAUUGGUUGUUACAUUAGGUACACAUUGCAUUUAUUUUUGUUAAAUUAUUGUUGUUAGAGCGACGACUCCGUAUACUUGUUUUGAACGAAUUAUGAGUGAAGUAGAUGCUUGUUUGAGAACUUUUUUAAUUGUGUACCAUGUGGUAAUACAAGAAAAAUAAAUGCAUUGGAUAUCUACGAAAGAUUAUCAGUGCUGGUGUACUUUUCAGUACUAAUGACUUUAUUUACAAUAGAGAAUCUAAAGCAGGCUGAUUAAAUUUUAAAUAACUA